GGCAUGUCCAGAAGACUUGCUGGCAGCAUGGUAGCAAUCAAGCAACGCGCACCUGUAGUAGGUGGGCAGUUUGCAGUGUGGGGUGGAUUGUUUUCGACUAUUGAUUGCUCUCUUGUAUACAUGCGUAAGAAGGAAGAUCCUUGGAAUUCCAUUAUCUCUGGUGCUGCUACAGGCGGUAUUUUGGCAGCUAGAAGUGGAGCAGCAGCGAUGGCUGGUAGUGCAGUGAUUGGUGGAAUGUUACUAGCUAUGAUUGAAGGUGUGGGUAUCCUCCUCACACGCUUCACUUCAGAGCAGUUCAAGCCUAUAGCCCCAGGGGAGAUGGGUGAUCCAUCAGUAUUGGGUCCCCCUCAACCCAUUACCUUAAACUCGGAGGCAAAUUACCAGUGAAGGUGAUUAGUUCAGAAAUUACUUAUAAGAUCGAUGGUAUGUUUUCCUCCUCAACAAGACUGCCAUUUUUUAAUGCUUAUAAUAUCUGAUGUGAGAGGACACAAUGUACUUUUUUUAGAUUAGCUACAUAAAUAAAAAAUACAUGAAAAAUGAGAUUUAAUUAAAUAAUAAGGUUAUCAUUCUAUGUUAUCCAAAAUUAUUUGCAAAAAAAAAAAAAAAAAAAAAAAAAAAAAAAAAAAAAAAAUGCUGGAAAAAUAUAUCGAAAGAAACAAUUUAUUCACUUUAUUAGAUGUAAUCAUUACCCCAGUGUUUCUUAAUUGUUUCCUCUGAGAGAGGGGAUAAUAAUUACAUCUGGUUCCUUCUAAGAUUGUUUCAUGAAAGACAUGAUCACUAAAUAUUUAUUCUAUACUUUAAUUGGUAAUGCAAAAUCUAAUGCUGAAAAUAUUGAAGUGUAUUUCCUUUGCAUAAUGAUGAAAGAAUGAUGAUGAAGAUUGUUUCAUAAGAAUGUUUGAAACUUUGUUCCACUCUUGUCUCAUACAACACAGCAGUUGAUCUCCUUGCCUUUAUGACAUGAGAAUGGAACACAUUGUAUGGAGCAUUUUUCUCCAUGUAAAUAUUGUACAUCUGUGAAGAAUAUAAUAAACUAUCAUUGUUAAGACGUAUCAUACUGUAAUGUAAAACAUUUCAUUUUGUAACUUUUAAUUUCUGAAAUAUAGGUCUCUUCAAAUGUUAUUGUUUUUUAUAAAAAUAAAAAAUAUAUACACAG